AUGGCUGACUAUACCUUGAGCCUAGUUUCUUCUAUUUUUCUCAUUGUGGCUUCCCUCUAUGGGAUCACCUGUCUCGAGUUCAUAGUGAUAAAUAAUGCUAAAACUACGCCCGGAGGGAUCCGAUUCGAGAAAGAGAUAGGAUUGAAGUACGCUAAGGAAGCCAUGGAAACCACGUCAAAAUUCAUAUGGAAUAUGUUAAACCAGAACGAUCCGAAAGACAGGAGAGUUAUGGAUAAUGUCACAAUGUACAUAUCUGAAUACAAAGGCGCUGAAGCUUUCACUCAAGCCAAUAAGAUUAAUGUCAGCUCCGUCUACUUGGAGGGUUAUCAAGGCAAUUUGACGUGGGAGUUCACAUCACUCGUUUAUCACGAGAUGACUCAUGUUUGGCAAUCUUUUGGUGCAUUUGAACCGAUUAUGUUGAUUGAAGGAAUAGCGGAUUAUACUAUCUUGAAAGCUAACUAUUAUCCCCCAUUAUACGCAAAGCCUGGGAUGGGAGAUAAAUGGGAUCAAGGUUACGAUUUCACAGCGAGGUUCCUUGAAUAUUGCGAGGGGUUAAAACCGGGGUUUGUGCCCACCCUUAACAAGAUGAUGAACAUUACUUAUAAGGAGGAAUACUUUGUUGAUUUGUUGGGGAAGCCUGUCAACCAGCUUUGGAAGGAAUACAAGGCUAAGUUUGGUGGCAAACCAAGUACUAAGAACUCUAAUACUAUCAGGGAAAGGAGAUAUAGUGACCGAUAUUUGGGUUAUUGA